AUGAAGAAAGGAGAGUUCCAUCUGCAGAUUCGGGAUGUCCGCUUGGAAGAUGGAGGUGAUUACAAGUGCAAGGUCUUCGGUCUUCCUCCCAAAGAAGCAACACUGACUGUAAUUGAUCCCCCGAGUAUAUCUGUUCCAACCAAAUCAAUCCGAGCCAAAGAGGGAGAACCAGCAAUGUUAACUUGUCUGGUCGACAGCCAUCCUUUUGCGAGCAUCACGUGGACUAAACAUGGCCGUCCAAUUGCUGAUGGUGGUUUCGGGAAGGGCACGUUCCGAAUCCCCAGCACAUCUCGCCAAGACGCAGGGAUUUACCAGUGUACGGCAGACAAUGGCGUACUCCCCAUAGCUGUGGGGACUGUAACAUUGGACGUUCUGUACCCGCCUUUGAUUGACCCUUCCAUGGAAUCACAGAUUACCGUUCAGCAAGGCGAUGAUGACUUCUCAUUGGAAUGUCUGGCGGAUGGAAAUCCUUCCCCGCGAGUGAAGUGGUGGCGGAAGGAUACAAACUUGUACUGGGAAAACCCUCUCCAGUUCCACCGUGUGCACUACGACAUCGAGGGAACGUAUCAAUGCGUCGCUAUCAGUAAUGGAUUCUCGCAGAGCACCAAGGAUAUACGCAUCGAUGUCAUCGGAAAGCCGUAUCUUGAUGGACAGGGGAACUCGGUGAUGAUAUCUGUAGCUGUUGGGGGAACAGCACAACUUGACUGUGCUGUAUUUGCCGAUCCUUUACCAUCUGAUUUGGAAUGGUUAUGGAGAAACAAGUAUGGUAUAGAGACUGAGUUAGACAGUGCCAUUGCACACAUCGUGACGACCAGAGGAAACCAGAAGAUGACGUCGACACUGACCAUACCGGAUGUUGCCGUGAAGGAUGGUGGAGACUACGUCUGCAAGACAACCAACAUGUUUGGAUCUGUCAUGAGAAAUAUUCACCUGGAGAUCGAAGGUAUGCUUGAAUGUUUAUAG